UUACCUUUUUCUAGAACACCGACAAAAUACCGGUAACCGACUAUUUUGAUGCUCGCUCCGCCAAUCACUGCCAAACCUGGACGAGCUCACAAGUAAUUGUGCAAAAUGGGCAAGAAGUCUGCACCCGCCGAGGUGGCGCCCGUGCCCGGGUUCUUCGGCCACGUGGUGAGGCCUGGCCACCCGCUUAAGUGGCCGAACGAGGUCGAGGAUUUUUGCAUGCAGCUGAAUUCUGCCGCGCUCGGUGCCGAUGCGACCAAGGGCCGCUCCACGCUGUCCGUCGUGGCCAAGACGUCCAAGAUUGCGCUGUGCACGUUGACGCCCGAGGUGGCCGAGCAGUGGAACUUGACGCAAACCUUCACACCAAUGGACGGCGAGAUCGAGUUCGUGGUGGACGGCCCGAACUCCAUCCAUCUCACGGGAUUCAUCGAGGUGGAAAACGAGGAAGACAGCGGCGACGAACACGAUUUUGACGAUUUGGGCGAUGAUGAGGAAGAAAUGAUGGUGUUCGGUGGUGACAGCGACUCGAGCGGUGGUGAUGUCGACGAGAAUGAAGAAGAGGAGGAGGAGCUGAAUGACGAGAACAAGAAGAACCGCUUUGAGGUGCUCGAGGAGCGUCUUCACAACGAGUCUGAUGCCAAGAAAAAGUCGCCCAAGAAAGAGGUGAAGACGGAGAUUAAGGAGGAGAUUAAUAAAGAAUCAAAGAAAGAGGCUGCUGCUAAGAAGGCUGCGAAAAAGGCUAAGGAGGAGAGAGAGGCAGCCAAGAAGAAAGCCAAGGCUGUCAAGCAGGCCGAGAAGGAGAAGAAGACUGCUGAAAAGCUUGCCGAGGUUACUGCUACCAACCUGAAGAGCAAGAAGCGUGCGGCCCCGGUGGAGUCCGUCGAAGUUCCGAAGAAGGCCAAGAUCGCUACGCGUGUGCACAAGGGCGUCACCAUCGAGGACAUUGCUGUGGGCAAGGGCCGUCCCGUGCAGCGUGGUCGCAAGGUGGGCAUCCUGUACCGUGGCCGUCUGAUGAACGGCAAGCAGUUUGACGCUAAUCAGAACCGCAAGAAGCCGUUCACAUUCCGUCACGGCAUCGGUGAUGUGAUCAAGGGCAUGGACAUUGGUAUCGAGGGUAUGCGUGUUGGCAGCAAGCGCACGAUCACCAUUCCGUCUCGUCUUGGCUACGGCCGCGAGGGCGCGGGACCCGACAUCCCCGGCAAUUCCGACCUUAUUUUCGAGAUCGAGGUUGUGAAAGGCUAGAGGACUGGUACUUCAGACACUUCGAGUAGCAUCAUGAGGCAUCAAUUACUGCGUUGCACAAACACGAGUAAACGUUGCUGGUCACCGCUGCUUCGUUUAACAGCCUUUGCAGCAGAUCAAACAACGAUCAACCCGCUCAUACCUGCUAAAUUUGGUGAUGAUCUACUAUAGUAGUAGCUCCGACCGAAAGCGGCUCUUUAAACUAGCGAAACUAGAUCUGAAGCAUCUCACUAGUAGGAACAGUUUGUGUUUGAGACGAAGAUGCCAACGCAAAAUGCAACUAGGCGCAUGCUCAAGAAGCAAGAGAGCUCCCGUGCAAGGCACGAGAACUGGAAAAAUGAUUUAUUGGUAUGCUACCCCAAAGGGGCGGCGCAGAUGCAGACAGGAUUUAAUCCCCGCCAUAGUUA